AUGUCGAACUCCGGCGACCAAAACGCAAGCCCUCAAGGCAGCCAAAACCCGGCUCCUCGCCGCCCCAGCCAAGUGCGGAGGCCUAGGAUCUCCGGAGAAGGACCGUCAGACAGCAGUUCUCCUCCUCAGGUUCCUAGGCAAGGAGGAGCCCAAUUCUUGAGGCCUAGAUUAUUCGGAGUUACUUCGUCUAGGCCAACAUUUGGGGGCUUAGAUAGUGGUAGUGGGGGUGGUUUUGAUGUGGGUGGUGGUAGUGGUAGUGGUAGUGGUGGUGGUGUGGUGGUUGGAGCGGCGGGGCUACAAAUUGGGGGUGCUGGUGGGAUUGCUCAAAGAAAGAGGUUCAGUGAUCCAGGAGCGGGACCGUCUAGGCCGGUUGGAGACAACCCUCCACCACCACCACCACCACCACCACCACCGCAUGCAGUGGCUGGUGGUGCCCCAUAUGUUUGUUAUUUAUGUGGGAGAGGUUUCCGCACUGACCGAGGACUAUGCGGCCAUUUAAGGACGCAUGGUAAUCGUCAAUGGCGCGGGGCAUAUCCCCCGCCAACUUUUAGCAGAGACGAAUUUUAUGAGGCUGGAGUGGGGUAUCUGUUGAAUCCUCCACUCCAACCCCAUGAUGGUGCUGAUUUGGAGGAGGAAGAGGACGUGGAGGAGGAAGGCGGCAACCACGCUGCAGCAGCAGUGGUUGAAGAUGAAGAAGAAAGAAGAGAGGUGGUAGACCCCACCGGAGACCAACCUGCAGCAGGAGAGAAUGAGGCGGCACCGCUGCAGAGGGAGCCUCUUGAUCUAAAUAAGAAGAGUGAGGAGGCGAUGGCGGCGGAGGCUGAUAGUCCAGGACUUAACCUAAACGAGUCACCUCGAAGGGAUGAUCAAGGAAACUAUAUCUGA